GCACCGCCACUCCCACUUCACCCUCCCACGCUGACGCUGGGCACCGUGGCACGCUCUCCUCUCCUCUCCUCUCCUCUCCCACCUCACCGAACAACAACCCACCCACCAGCACGCACAGAGACAGCUGCAUACUCUUCUUCAAGUAAACAACAGAAAAACACACGAAAUAAUAAAACCCAGAGAGGAAAAGUAGCGACAAGCGAAUAAAUAAAUAAAUAAAAAUCAUUUCCUCCUCACCGCCGCUGCCGCGUCGCCGCCGCCGCCGCCGACGAAGCCGCAGGGAGGAGGAGGAGCGAGGGGCGGAGGACAACCACCGGAGGCGCCGCCGCCUCCCGGCACGAGCCGCGGCCUGCUGUCGAGCCACCGUCUCACGGCCCUGAAGCUAGCCGCCCUGGAGGCGGUUUCUGAGCUUUGAUCCCUGCUGGUCGGGGUUGGGGGUUGGCGGUGGCGCCGGCGGCGGCUGGCUGGUGGCCUGGAGGGCGAUGGCGCCGGCGAGGAGGAAGCGCGGCUCCUCCGCGGCUGCCGCGGCGGCCGCGGCCGCGGCGAAGUGGAAGUUGGGCGACCUCGUGCUCGCCAAGAUGAAGGGCUUCCCGGCGUGGCCGGCCAUGAUAAGUGAGCCAGAGCAGUGGGGUCUGUCUUCUGUUAAAAAUAAGCGUCUAGUCUUCUUCUAUGGAACUAAACAGAUUGCUUUCUGCAACUAUGCAGAACUGGAGGCAUUCACUGAAGAGAAAAAGAGGUCUCUACUUGCUAAGCGACAUGGUAAAGGGGUUGAUUUUGUGAGAGCAGUUGAUGAGAUUAUUGAUGUUUACAAUUCUUUGAAGGAAGAUAGUAACAAUAAGCUUGACCUGGUUGGCAAUGAAGUGAAACCAGAAAAUCUUGGUGAUAAUAAUAGCAGCAUGGAUACUGAAGGUCUUGUCAACAGCCCUAAUAUGGGUAGGGACAAUAAGUUAGAAGACCACUCAGUCAUCGCAAGGGUUCACAACUUGGUCAAUACUGAUGAGCCUUCUGUCAUGGUAAACGGGAGUGAGCGAUGUGUUGUAAACUCUGCUCCUGAGGAGCCGACUGAAAAUGUAUCAAUCCUUGAUGAAAUGAGGAACAUCCCUUUGUCUGCUAGUUCAUUUUCAAAGAACAAGCCAAGGGAUACACACCUUCAAAAUUGCUACACAAGGAGUAGGGCUCCAGCUUCGCGGAGAUCAAGAAGUUCAUUAAAUGUUGAAGCCAGAAAGUCUCAGGAUUCUGGUAAGCUUUUGGGUGAAACCAGUUUGGCUUCUGUUGAUUUGGUUCCUGACAACAAUAAGGAAGAUUCCACGCUUCAUAAAUACGCAGGGUAUGACAAAGCUAACUCAGCUUCCCCUUCUACCCUGGAUGGUGUUUGGUUGCAUUCAAGUGGAACAACCUUCAAUCAACCUGGAACUCCUGGGGCCAGUGACAGUAGUAAAAAAAUAUCUUUUACUGCUAAGUUAGAUAAUACCCGUGGCAGCGAAGCAUCGCAAAAUAGAGCUUCAAUGGCACAAUUCAAAUCCACUGGUGCAUCAGGUCUUCCCAUGAACUCGACAGUAAUUUUCAAGAGAAAAAGGAAGCCAAAUGGAAAGUGGAUUCCUCAUUCUACAGAUUGUAUCACAUCAAAUAAGGAUGACAAAUUGCCUGCUGAGUUUAGUGGAAACCUUGCAGGUUCUCCAAAUUCAAAGAAUGAUCUUAAUAAGUCUGAUGGAGAUGAACACUUGCCCUUAGUCAAAAGGGCAAGGGUUCGAAUGGGAACACCUCAGUUGGAGAAGUCAGCUGUGAGUGUUGAAGAAACUGAUGUUUCUAAUAAUAGAUCAGGGCUUGCUGCUCCUGCAGACCACUGUGAUAUGCAAGGUACUCGUGCACGACCUAGUAAUGAUUUUUCAGUUGACCAGUCAUCAGUGGUAAACACUAUUCCAGAUCAGCAAUCAAUAUUAAACAUGCCUGUCCCGUCAGGGGAAGGUCACUCUGUUUGGAAGAGUAAAGAUUACCAACCAAAGGUUUUAACACUGGAUGUGGAAGCUGCUUUGCCCCCAUCAAAACGCCUCCAUCGUGCUUUAGAAGCUAUGUCUGCUAAUGCUGCUGAAAUUAUCAGUAGUCUGCCUGGAGAGACAGGAUCAAAGCAGUCGAUUCUGAAUCGUUGCGAAUCUUCAGAAAACAGCCAUUCUAAUAAAAUGGCAGAUUCAGCAGUCAUAACCUCUGACAGAUCUUGUCUAACUGAAAGCCCUAGAUUGCCAGGCUUGCAAUCCAUGCAUAGCUCAACACGCAAAAGGAUUUUACAGAAUAAGGAUGUAGCUGCUUCCAUGAAAUUGAAUGAUCCUGCUUUUGAUGUGACACAGACCAUAUCUUUGCCUGAUCGGUUAUCUUCAUCUUUGGGGAAGUCUAGUUAUAAUGAUGUCACCAGGCCAGUCAGCUGCAAUGGUCAUACAGAACCAAUUGGCUGCCCUGCUUAUCAUGUUGACGGAAGUGAUAGCAGAUGUAGUGGACCAGUUGACCAACCUCUUGUCUCUGAUAAUAAUGUGAACAGUGAUUCAGUACCACAUGGGGAGACUGUUUUAGCACCAGCAAUCAAUUUAGGUGAUACAACAAGCACCUCUUCAUUGGCUACCAAGUCUUCCAGUAUACAGUCUGAUGCAGACACCCGAACAUCUGAAGUGCACAUCUCCUCAGCUUUGGCAUUGAAAGAGCUGAACCACAGAAACCUAAAGGAUAGGCGCACCUCUCCAGAUUCAAUGCCUAUGAAAGAACUUAUUGCUGUUGCCCAGGCUAGAAGGUUCUCUCGAUCAACUUCCUUUUCAGAUAACUUCCUGAACGCCAAGUAUUUCGCCAAAGGCUUAGUUAGCACACCUCUGAAGGAUGGACAGGGACAUCUGUCACCUCCGAAUCAGAUAAUCAGGUCGACCUCUACAGAUGACAGCGUUCACUCUAGUCAUCCGUUUGAUAGCAUGCAAAUGAAGGACAUGAAAAAAAUAGCAGGGAACAGUGAGGCCAGUGCAGCACGAAUAGCUUUUGGAGCUUUCCUUGGUACACUGACAAGAACAAAAGAAAAUAUAGCACGUGCAACACGCAUUGCUAUUGAGUGCGCUAAGCAUGGCAUUGCCAGGGAGGCAAUUGAUAUUAUCGUUGAACGCAUGGAAAAGGAAACAAAUUUACAUAAGCGGGUGGACCUUUUCUUUCUCAUCGAUUCAAUAACUCAAUGCUCUCGCAACCAGAAAGGUGGAGCUGGAGAUGCAUACCCCUCUCUUAUUCAGGUGGUUCUGCCUCGAUUACUUUAUGCCGCUGCACCUCCUGGAAAUUCAGCAUGGGAGAAUCGAAGGCAAUGUCUCAAGGUUUUGAAGCUUUGGCUUGAGAGGAAAACACUUCCAGAGUACAUCAUUCGUCGCCAUAUUAGAGAACUUGAGGUUAUCAAUGAGGCAUCUUUUGGAAGCUCUCACCGUCCUUCAAGUACAGAAAGAGCUCUAAAUGACCCUUUGCGUGACAAUGAAGGAAUGCUUGUUGAUGAGUAUGGGAGCAAUGCUGGUUUUCACAUACCAAACUUAAUUUGCACAAAAGUACUUGAAGACGAGGAAGGAAGCUCCUCUGAGGAUAUGAGUUUCGAGGCUGUCACACCUGAACAGGAUGCUCCAGUUAGUGAUGAUAAGGAAGAAUCUCAAAUACCCGGGGAGAAGCAUCGGCACAUCCUUGAAGAAGUUGAUGGUGAGCUUGAGAUGGAGGAUGUAGCUCCACCAUCUGAAGCUGAAGCUAGCACCACAUACCAACUAGAGCAAAGUGAUACAAAUUGUACAACAUCUGAGCACCAUCCUUCAGAUAGUGGUCCUCCCCUCCCUGACAACGGGCCUCCAUCAUCCCCGCCAUUGCCAUCAUCUCCUCCACCAAUUCCACCCCCUCCACCUGUACACAUUGCUCAGAGUACGCAGUUGCAGCCAACAUUACAAAUGGCAUCUGAUCCAGUUGGGCCACAUCCUCCAAGAGCUACUUAUAAUGCUCAAAGUCAGCAGCCACAAUCUAUUGUGGAGCACCCGCGAAACAUGAAUCCUUCUGUAGCUCCGUUGCAGCCUCCAUCAUUCUGUAAUUCAGGAUAUGGUGCACAUCGAAAUCAGAUUGCACCAAUCAAUCCCCCUGGAUCCCAUAGCAGUUUCCCUACACCACCAGCACCAUAUCACGCUAAUAGCUAUCAUCAACACCUGACUGAAUCAAUGCCUAAUGAGGGUUAUCAUCUGCAACGACCACCCCCUCCGCCUCCUCCAAAUCAAUUCCCUCAUAUGCCACGAGAACCCCAUCAAAGGCCACAACAAUGGAGUAAUAACUCUUCAUCCCAUCCUGAGAGCUACCGGUAUAGUGGGCAUGAUCGAGAUCAUCACAGACCCGAUAGCAUGCAUCAUGGGCAUGAUAGACGAGACCACUUCAAUGAUAGAGGAUAUCGCCACAAUGAUAGGGGACACCAUUACAAUGGCAGAAGACAUCACUUUGACGAGAGAGCUGUUAGGGUACUGGCGCACCAUGAUGCUGACAGGGGAAGAUUUCCUCCUUUUCCACCAGUACCACCUAUUCCAGACCAUUUCGAAGCAUCAUCAGCCCCAACGCAUUAUCGAGAGUCAUCAGAUCCUCCAUUAGGUCCUUGCGCUGGGUGGUCUGUGGAGCCUCCAGUUCCUCAUGUAGCAGGAGCACAAGGUAGCUGGAAACCAAGAUAACAAUUUUUCACAAUAUUUGAUUGGUUUGAUGUCUUUGUUUUUGGGCUGCUGGCUGUUGGUAAGCCUGGAACGCUUGAACAAAGUGGGUGAUGGUACCUAUCACCUUGUACAUAUGUAUGAUAGCUUCGUACCUUGUAGCAUGCACGCCGCUGUGGCUGCAGAAGCGGAAGUUGGACCGACCACGACCAUGUUGAGGAUUGUAUUGUAGAGAUAGCCUGUGUAUCUGAGGGGAGUCAUAGUUCGUUAGCCUAACUGAGUUCACUUACAUUUGUCGAAUCUUCAUUAUUUUGUCAUUCCUUCUGCUCUCCACAACAGCUACUUCAGAUGACUUUGAGAAUGGUCUAUUACAGCGUACAUAAGCCAAAUGAAUAAAUAAAUACAGAUCAUUUUGCCGUA